AUGCAAAUUCCGCAGUUUUUGUCAAAAUGUUUUGGCUUUUUUUUUCAACGUUUGAAAGAUUUGAGUAGGGAGAGGGAUGAGAGAAGAUUGAUGAAGUUAGAGAAAAAUUUUGUUAUAGCAUUUCAUUUGGAGAAUGCAUUGAAGAAUGCCUGGAAAUUUGUUAAUGUUACUGGUUUUUUUGUUGCUGCUACUUUAGAGAAUGCUAUUGUUAUUGCAAAUUUUUAUCUUCAGGAUGCUGUUCGUAUUUUUUUGAAUUGUUUUUUUGCUGCUGUUAUUGUUACCUUUGUCACCCUUGCUUUCAGAAGAGAGAACGCUUUUUGCGUUGCUGUUUUUGCUGUAGAGAGUAUUGUUGUAGCUUUGAAUUGUUAUUUUCCAAAUACAAAGAUUGUGUUUCUUUUGAAUAUUUUUUUUGCUGCUGUAAAUGCUAUUUUUACGAAUAUUUUUACUUUUGAGGUUUUUCAGGAUGAUUUUAAGGAUUUUCUUGUGUUUACUUCAUAUGCUUUGAAUGUUUUGAAUGCUGUUACAAAUUUCAUUUUUUUUGUUUGUAUUAUUACUAUAAAAUUUGUUGAUAGUUUUGCGAAGGAUCAGAAGGAAAUUGUUGCAAUUUUGGCUUCAGAGUUUCAAACUUUAAUAGAUCUUAUCAAAACUACUCAAAACCAUAAUACUUAUGUUCAAUAUAGUGUAUAUAUUGAAUCCUGUGCUAAAAGACUAGUUAGAGCUGGUAAUGCUUUAAUACCAGAUGAUAAUAGUCUGUUGUAUCGAAAAACUCAAAUUUUAAUUGAUUUAAUAAAAAGAUUAUGGAGAAUACCUAUGCUACAAUUGUGUUCAACUAAAGUUAAUGAAUCAUCAUGGGCGCAUUAUGUUUUACAAUCAAUUGUAAAUUUUAUUGCAGAUUUUAAAGAAUCAGAUAUAUGUAUUAGAUAUAAAGCUAGUUCGGAAAAAAAUAAUAAAAAAGGGCCAAUUAAAAAAAAUGACAUAUAUGGAGUAUAUGAAAGCGAACAUUUUGAUUUAGAACUCAUGUUAGGAGAAAUUUCAAAUGGUCCAUUUAAUCGAUCUUCUCAGGCUCAAGUACAUAUAAAGAAAGACAGAAAUAAAUUAUCAAAAUGUGGAAAAGAUGCCCUAGAUUUUGUAAUUAAUAAUUAUACAAAAUCACAUAAUUAUGAUUUAGAUAAACCAAAGUCUCACGAUAAAAAUGUGUUGGUACAUGACAGUAUACUGAAGAUUGCAGAUUUCAGUUUAUCUAAAUCAUUAGAAAGCAACUCUCUUUCAGUUAAAGGUAAAAUGCCUGCUUAUUCUGUUUCACAAUAUAUCAUGGAUAAAGACAAUUUUAAGCGAAAAGAACUAUCAGAUAUUUAUAGUCUUGUCUCAGGCAGACGAGAAACUCAGAUUGAUAGAACUCCAGUUGAUUUUAUAAAUCUUUACUUUAAGGCUUGGGAUAAAAAUCUAGACCUACAUCCUACCAUUAACAAG